AUGCCAUUUAUCGUUAUCGACGAAUUAUUAGAAAUUUACGAUGGUUCUAACGGCGAAAAUUUAGACGACGAUCAAAUAAAUGUCUAUGCACAAGAAUGGCUUCACAAAAAUAAUUACGAGCCUACCGAAGUAUUUUCAUUAGUUUUCGAGAAACGACAUUUGCCAAAAUGGUCAUCUUUACUAGCAUUUCUUUAUUGCUAUGGAAUCGGAACAGAAACUGAUGAACAUGAAAUGUUCAAGUAUUAUAAAUAUGCGGCUGAAGCUGAUGAUAUGGUGGCUCAAAAUCAACUUGGAUGGUGUUAUGCACAUGGACAUGGAGUUGACGUUGAUUGGGAAACAGCUUUCAAUUGGUUUCAAAGUUCGGCCUCAAAGGGUUGUAUCAUAUCCGAAGGAAACACAUUUGCGCAAAAUCAACUCGGGUAUUUUUAUCAAGACGGGAUAGCCACCGAGAGAAGCGUUGCUAAGGCUUAUUAUUGGUAUACCAAAGCUAUUAGUGGAAAAAAUACUGCAGCGCUUUAUAAUGUUGCGCUUUUGUAUCAAGGUGGUUUGGGUGUUCCUGUUGAUAUUCAUCUAGCGAUAAGGUUUUAUCGAUUGGCGAUUAAUGAAAAGGUUGAUAAAGCAUAUACAUUGGAUCUUUCAGAACUCAUCUGCUUACAGGCUUCCGAUGUAAAUGCUUGGUAUACGACGCUUUAG